GGCAGAGAGAGGCGGUGCGGGUGCGCACGCUGUCACAAUGUGGGCGCGGGCAUACGUAGGAAAUUCUGCGCGCGAAGCUGCAGCAGCAGGAAGUGCGAGCAGCUGAGCUGAGGUGGAAACAAACGGCAUCUGAAUCUAUCAAACUACUUCCAUCAUCUACAAACAUCUACAUUAAUAUGGCAGACCCGAAGGACCAGGAAGAGCCCGACACCACUGCAGAUGCUGUAGAGGACUCUAAUCAUGAUCCCCAGUUUGAGCCCAUCGUGUCCCUUCCUGAGCAGGAUGUGAAAACAUUAGAAGAGGAUGAGGAGGAACUCUUUAAAAUGCGGGCUAAACUAUAUCGUUUUGCCUCCGAGAACGACCCACCAGAGUGGAAGGAGAGAGGAACCGGUGACGUCAAGCUGCUGAAACACAGAGAGAAGGGCACAAUCCGCCUCCUGAUGAGGAGAGACCGAACCUUGAAGAUUUGUGCCAAUCAUCACAUUAUGCCUAGCAUGGAGCUGAAGCCCAACGCUGGCUGUGACAGGGCAUGGGUGUGGAACACACUAGCGGAUUACGCUGACGAAAGCCCCAAACCUGAACUCCUGGCAAUACGCUUUUUAAAUGCAGAAAAUGCUCAGAAGUUCAAGGGGAAGUUUGACGAGUGCAAGGAGGAGAUCAGAAAAUCUCUAGAUGGAACAGGCAACACUGAUACCGCAAACAAAGUGGCAGAGAAGCUGGAGGAGCUCUCCGUAAAAGACAAGGUGUCAGAAGAAAAGAAGAAAGAGGUCAAAACUGAGAAGACCGAGAAGAAAGAAGAUGAGAAAAAGGAGGUGAAGGCUGAGGAGAAGAAUUGAGAACCAAGAACUCGCUUUGCUGAUCUUCAAUUUAUCGGUUUUCCUCUUUUUCUACAAUAGACUCUAAAUGAACUGAAUUUGGACACUUGCAUAUUAUUAGUUUUUUUUUUUAUUAUCUGUUUUGCCUCAAGAUCACAAGUCCUUGAUGCCACUGGGGGGGAAAUUACAAGAUAGCGAAUUUAUGAUAAAAAAAGAAGCCCACCCCCUCCCCUUCCCCUCUUUGCACCAUGGAAUGCCACGCCUUCCAUCCUCGUCAUCAACAGUUCAAUGUUACAUUUGAAAAACUGUGAAAAGAGGCUUGUGAUAGUGAUAAUUCCCACAUUGGGGUAUUUUUUUUGUUUUGUUAUUCUGAAGCAGAGUUUGUUUGUAGGAGGAGAGGAUAAUGUAGCCUGCUUGUUUAGCAGUACAGGGUCAGGGACCAGGCAUUAUUGGAGGUGCAUUAUACAUAUAAAAUCCCAUGAUGCAUCUCAGUGGGCCUGUCCACGCUUCCACUGUUAGAAACAGCAAGUAAUGCGAAGACUUCUCAGUGGAUGCCUUGUAGAAGUAGUUCUUUCAUGGUUCCUUCUUUCAUUAGUUCUGUUGGGAACUUGACUAGAAGAGGAAUCCACUCCAGACAGUUGAGGGGCAUCAGAUGGUGCGCUGCAGAUCGCAGCGUCCACUGAUGGCUGACUGAUAGGAGAUCAGAUGCACUUAGCUAAGCGUUUCAAUAUUUUGUUUCCUUUUUUGUUUGAAUUCUCUGAAACUCAUUAAGUCCAAAGUCAACGGUUCAUCAGUUUGGUGCAGCUAUGCUCUGGCUUAAGUUCCUGUUUGUAUUCUUUAGAUCAUAACAUUCCCAGACUUGAAGCAUGUAGAGUAUAUGUAACAGAGUGUGCCCUAUCUGAUCUGUGUGCUCACCACCCUCUUCCUUUUCUUUCCACUAAUUGAGUUCCUAACUUUGCCUCUAAAGUGCAUCUAAGUGCCAGUGCAUCUGUAAAUACAUGUAUAUGGAUGAAAUGUUGCUUUUCAUUUGCACUCAAAUGAUUGACAUGUUUCCUCCACCUUCGAAUAAAAGCUGUCAAAGACCA